AUGAGUCCCCUUAAGCCUGAUGGAGGCCCUGCUUGCCCUCCUGUAAUUGUCAAGAUGAGUGGACUUACUGAGAAGCGCCAUUGGACCCAAGGAGGAUUGUUGAGUUCCCCAGUAAAGGAGGCAGAGACUCCUCCAAAGAAUAGUCCUCGAGGCUCAGAGAGCUCCAGUCUUGCUAUACAUCAAAGAAUCCACUCUGAGGAGAAACCUCAUGAGUGCAAGCAAUGUGGAAAGGCAUUGAGUUUCAUCUCUAAUCUUGCUGUUCAUCAGAGAAUCCACACUGGGGAGAAACCACAUAAAUGCAAGCAAUGUGAAAGGGCAUUCAGUAGGAGCACCAAUCUUGCUGUACAUCUUAGAAUCCACACUGGGGAGAAACCUUAUUUAUGCAAUCAAUGUGGAAAAACAUUCCAUCAUAGUUCCAUUCUUGCUAAACAUCAGAGAACCCACAUUGGGGAGAAACCUCAUAAAUGCAAGCAGUGUGGAAAGACAUUCAGUGAGAGCACCCAUCUUGCUAUACAUCUGAGAAUCCACACUGGGGAGAAACCUUAUUUAUGCAAGCAAUGUGGGAAAUCAUUUAAUCAUAGUUCCACUCUUGCUAACCAUCAGAGAAUCCACACUGGGGAGAAACCUUAUACAUGCAAGCAGUGUGGAAAGGCAUUCAGUAGGAGUACCAAUCUUGCUGUACAUCUUAGAAUCCACACAGGGGAGAAACCUUAUUUAUGCAAGCACUGUGGAAAAACAUUCAAUCACAGUUCCACUCUUGCUAACCAUCAGAGAAUACACACUGGGGAGAAACCUUAUAAAUGCAAGCACUGUGGAAAGGAAUACAUUCAGAGCUACAGUCUUGCUACACAUCAAAGAAUCCACACUGGGGAGAAACCUUAUAAAUGCAAGCAUUGUGGAAAGGAAUUCAUUCAGAGCUACAGUCUUGCUACACAUCAGAGAAUCCACACUGGGGAGAAACCUUAUUUAUGUAAGCACUGUGGAAAAACAUUCAAUCACUGUUCCACUCUUGCUAAACAUCAGAGAAUCCACACUGGGGAGAAACCUUAUGAAUGUAGGCAGUGUGGAAAGGCAUUCAAUCAUAGUUCCACUCUUGCUCAACAUCAGAAAAUCCACACUGGGGAGAAACCUUAUGAAUGUAGGCUGUGUGGAAAGGCAUUCACUUGGAGCUCCCAUCUUGUUAGACAUCAGAAAAUCCACACUGGUGAGAAACCUUAUGAGUGUAAGCAGUGUAGAAAGGCAUUCAGGAAUUUUCCCACUCUUGCUAUACAUCAGAGAAUCCACACUGGGGAGAAACCUUAUUUAUGUAAGCAAUGCGGAAAAACAUUCAAUUAUAGUCACACUCUUGCUAUACAUCAGAGAAUCCACACUGGGGAUAAACCUUAUUUAUGUAAGCAAUGUGGAAAAACAUUCAAUCAUAAUUCCACUCUUGCUCAACAUGAGAGAAUCCACACUGGGGAGAAACCUUAUUUAUGUAAGCAAUGUGGAAAAACAUUCAAUCAUAGCUCCACUCUUGCUAAACAUCAGAGAAUCCACACUGGGGAGAAACCUUAUGAAUGUAGGCAGUGUGGAAAGGCAUUCAGUCAGAACUCCCAUCUUGUUAGACAUCAGAGAAUCCACACUGGUGAGAAACCUUAUGAAUGUAAGCAGUGUGGAAAGGCAUUCAGGAAUUUUCCCAAUCUUGCUGUACAUCAGAGAAUCCACACUAGGGAGGAAACUUGA